UCACAACCCGCGAUCUCAAAAGGAGGAAGUGAAGGCUAGGUUGUCCGACCCACACGUCAAACAGCUCCGAAAUAUCGUCGUAAAGACACGUAAAUACGUUUUAAGACUUCGUUUAUCAGCAGGAACCAGAAAAUUAUCUAACCCAUAACAUCAGCAGCGUAUCUCCCGAUCCAGAUUGGCUGAACGUCCUCCAGGUUUUCCGUCCACCUUCAUCUCCAGUCUCGUGAUUGGUUGUUGUGUUUCUGUCAGGCGAUGGUGCGGGCCGCGUGGGCGGUGCUUCGGAUGGUGUCCUGUCAGAGAACGGCUGCGCUGGAAGUACCUGGUUCCAUUAGAGCUGCACAGAGAUCCAGACCUGUACAAACACCUUUCAGCGCGUACUGCAGAGCUACACACAGUGAGGUGAGGCACCUUCACACUACCUUCAGGAUGCCUGAGAUCACCACAGACCACCUCGAUGAGAAGCAGGUGCAGCUGCUGUCCGAGAUGUGCAUCCUCAUCGACGAGAACGACAAAAAGAUUGGAGCGGACACCAAGAAGAACUGCCACCUCAACUCCAACAUCGACAAAGGUUUAUUACACAGAGCUUUCAGCGUCUUCAUUUUCAACAGUGAGGAGAAGCUGCUCCUACAGCAGAGGUCUGACGCCAAGAUCACUUUCCCAGGUUGUUACACCAACACGUGCUGCAGUCACCCGUUACACAUGGACAGCGAGCUGGAGGAGGCGGCGGCGAUCGGAGUGAGGAGAGCUGCUCAGAGGAGACUGGAGGCUGAACUGGGGAUCCCCAUGGCACAGGUGACACCAGAUGAGAUGACGUACCUGACGAGGAUUCACUACAAGGCUCAGUCAGACGGCGUCUGGGGGGAACAUGAGAUUGAUUACAUCCUCUUGAUGCAGAAGGAAGUGGAAUUGAAUCCCGACCCUAACGAGAUCAAAAGCCACUGCUAUGUGAGUAAAGAGGAGCUGAAGGAGAUGCUGAAGAAGGCCAAGAGCGGUGAGCUGCUGAUCACUCCGUGGUUCAGCCUCAUCGCAGAGACCUUCCUCUUCACCUGGUGGGACAACCUGCAAGACCUGAAGCAGUUCAUAGAUCACAACAAGAUCCACCGCAUGUAAACUCAACCAGGAUCAGGAAUACCUCUGGUCAUUUCACACACGCUGAGCUGCUGCAGACCCUCCGAAAAACACUCUGUCACUGUAGACAUGUAGGACUUCUACACAUGCAGAGGAGAGAAUGUAUCAGUGUUGUUUCAUAUGAGAGGUGUGCACUGUAGGAUUGUAGCUCUUAGGGGCAUUAUCUGCAAGAGAGGAGCUGAUAGUAGAUUGAGUCUGUCUUGAUUAUUUAGAGAACUCUUGUUAAGUUGUUGAGCCUGAUUUACAGACUGAAUGAAAGUAGAGACAUUUACCACUCUGUGAUUCACAAAUCCAUGCAGAAUAUUUUUUAUAGAAAAACGUAUAAGUGCCUGAGUCCAGUGGGGUGCACUACAAAGCAAGUCUGAUUAAACCAGGCUUUAUUUUGGUACGCAGACUUAACAAAACUUGAAGCCUCACUGAGAGAUAAUCGGUGUUAUGACGCGCGCAAAAUAUAUAAAUCUGGGUCCCCCCAAUUCAAGCAGGUUGUUAUAAAAUACAGCAAUUAAGAAACACAGAUUUAAGAAGGGAAUGCUGCAUGGAGUUAUUCAUUACAGAAAUUUGUUUGUACUCAGCCUGUACAAUUUAGGCUUUCCACUAAUGGUACGCAAAGCAUCAAAUGAACAGUUGUUAGAGCGUGCACAUUAGGUCUACCUCACAGUGCAUGUCUGUCUGCUGUUUUAUGGUUCUGUGUUUGCAGCAUGUCCCUCCUGGAUCCUAAAUUAACCUGAAAAGCAGUUUUUUUUAAUCACUUUAUUGGCACAGAUUAACCUGAAAGUAGCUGAUGCUAGUUUGAGCUUCAUCUGGCUGCAUCAAAUACUGUGAAAGCAUGACCAUUAUACCCAGACCUCCAACCAACAGGCAACAUUGUACACAUGCUUAGAGAGAAACUUGCCUUUUUACAUUAAAACAUGUUGAUGCUAUGAACACAGACUGUUGUAUUGUGUUUGUUAUUCUUAUUAGGAUAUGAGGAAAUAAGGGUUUGUUGUGCAUAUGAAUGGGGGUUGAAAUAGUGUAUUGUUAAGGAGCUGGUUUGACAUUUUAAUGCUUUUUCAUGACCAAUUAAAGCAAACGACCAUCAGCAACAUAA